GGGGACACGACUCUCUGCCAGCAGUCCGUCCUAAUCCUACCUAUGGCUCAAAUAUCUAUACUGAGAAGUAGAAGGAAGGUCGGUCCUUAAGUCUCACUUAAAAGGCUGGGAGAUCUUUUAAAGCACUUACUGCUUAGCAGUGGGGAUAAAACACAGCUGCCUCAGUCACAACCACCACCACUACUUAUGUAGCACCUGUUUGCCAGGCACUAAUCUAAGUGCUUGACCUGAAUUUACUUAAUCCUCAUAACAGUACUAAGAUGUAGGCACUAUUGUUUUGCAAACUCUACUCCUGAUGUGGGGCUCAAACUCACGGCCCCAAGAUCAAGUCGCAUGCUCUACUAACUGAGCCAGUCAGGCACCCAAGAAGUAGGCACUCUAAACUGCCAUGUAUAUUGCUAUGUUUCUAUUAACUAAACUUCAUACUUUAUUCUGGUACUAUUAAUGGAGACUGAGGCACAGGGAAGUAAGCGAAAUUGCCAAUAAGCUAAUAAGUGGGGUAGAGUCAGGGUUUGAACCCAACGACCUAGCGCCACAGUCUGUGCUUAACUGCAACUCUGUGCUCCCCAGGUAAUCAUGUAAGUCAAGUCCUCAAACACUGGCAGAGUGGACAGCUAGUGCCCUAAGUGAAAGUGGUCCGAUCCCAAGAAGGAUUUCCUGCAUGUAACAGAAGCCUGCACGUCUUCAUUCCCAGAUACCUCUCAAGUUCAGGGUUCCCCCACUUUCUUUGGAUCUCAUAACCCUCACAAGCGAUGAAAGCUGAACUCCAGGUGUCCUGCUGUGGGCAGAUGCAAAGUGGGGAAGGGUUUCUGAAGCAAAGACCCAAAACCACCUGGGCUAGCGGAGGGCCUACUGCACAGGAAGGGAAUGGCCAGGAAGCCCCUCUGUUUAGUAAAGGGAAGUGCAAAUCUCACUAUUUCCGGCAGGUUUGGGAAACUGAUGGGGGGGGGGGGCUGGGGGACAGCUGAAGCAGAGGACCUUUUGAAAGAAGUGCUGAGGAUAAGAGCUGAUGGAGAAAUAAGCUGAUGGAGAGUAAGAGGAUGGAGAAAAGGCAGUUACGGUGAUGAUGCUGGCUUCUCUGCACCCCACACAGGGAUGUGCUGAGCGUCCAUCAUCUACGAUGGGGAAGGGUGGGGAUGGCUGGAAAUUACUGAGACCUUGAAGGAGUGACCUACUAGCACAUGCUGGAUGUUCAAAUGUCCGGGGCUUUUGCCAGAGCGGGAGGAAGGGGUAAGGGUUCCUAUUAAAAAUAAAAUAUGUUGAAAAAUAAAAAUGAAAAUAAAAAACGUUGAAAAAUAAAAUAAAAUACGCUGAACAGGUACAUAAGAGCCCGGCUCUCGGUUUCACAGGCAUCGACCUAUUUGAUUCUCACAAACAACCUCACCAGGUAUACCUGAUUUAUUAAUCCUCCUCAUUACAGGUAGUUAGUCCCCAAUCUACGAGACUAGAGACCUUGUCACUUGCCACCCUCGAAGGUCUGAGAUUUGAAAGGCGCGCGAUCUCAUCGUGACUCACGCCAGACUCUAACCCACAAAAAGGUUUCUUAGCGUGGGGCAGUUGGGGGAUGAGGACACUAGCAUGUGGCUGGCCGGAAAUUCGGGAAGCAGGGGGAAAAGUGAACUGGUGCAGCUCGGAGGGGGGGGAAGGGGACCGAAUCCAGAAAAUCGCGGGGGGCGGCUGGAUCCCAGAGUCAGAGGAAAGGGAGGCUCGGAACCCCCGGGGUAGGAAAGAUGAGGAAGGUGGAUCCCCAAAUAGGAGGAAGGGAAAGGUCGAACUCUAGGGGUCGGGAGGAGGAGAGGACUGGAUCCCAGGAUCCCCGAGAGGUAGGGACCAGGCCCGCCCCCCGGUUGGGACCUCGUGGGGUGGGGCGGAGCGCGGAAGGAUCCUGGCGGGCUGUGCUGCGCCACCCGCGGUAUAUCUGUCCCCAGUCCCCGGGGCCGCCUCAUUCCCCAUCCUCAGAUCACAAUCUCUCCUCAGACUACCGCGACGCCAUCUCCGCCCGCAUAGCCCUGGCUAUGGCUCUGUAGCCGCGACCCCUCCGUGCCCCGGCCCGUCUCUGCGCUCACCGCGCUUGCGCUGUUCGCUAUCGCCUUCUUUCUUCAGCGGAGGCCGCCGCCGCCGCCUCUCUGUUCCACAGCCAUGGAGUCUUCCACUUUCACCUUGGUGCCUGUCUUUGCCCCGCUGAGCAACUUCCAGAGCCUCCUUCUAGCUGUUGGUUCAGCCUUCUUCUUUGCGACCCGUGCCCAGAGCCCGUGCUGCAGCCAUGUCACUCCUGGCGACCCUGGGGCUGGAGCUGGACAGGGCCCUGCUCCCAGCUAGCGGUCUGGGCUGGCUCGUAGACUAUGGGAAACUCCCCCUGGCCCCUGCCCCCCUCGGCUCCUAUGAAAUCCUUGGGGGAGCCCUGGAGGGUGGGCUCCCAGGGGGAGGAGAGCCCCUGGCAGGUGACGGCUUCUCUGACUGGAUGACUGAGCGGGUGGACUUUACAGCCCUCCUGCCCCUGGAGCCCCCCUUACCCCCAGGUGCCCUCCCCCCACCCUCCCCACCUCCACCUGACCUGGAGGCCAUGGCCUCUCUCCUCAAGAAGGAGCUGGAACAGAUAGAAGACUUCUUCCUUGAUGCGCCACUCCUCCCACCAUCCUCCCCCCUGCCUCAGCCGCCACCACCAGCGCCCUCCGUCCCUCUUCCACUCCCCCUCCCCACCUUUGACCUCCCCCAGCCCCCUGCUCUGGAUACCCUUGACUUGCUGGCUAUCUACUGCCGCAGUGAGGCCGGGCCAGGAGACUCAGGGUUGGCAUCCCUGCCCCCACCACAGCAGGCCCCCCCACCUCCUCCUCCACCCUCUCGCCCGGCCCCCUACCCGAAUCCUACCACCACCCGAGGGGACCGCAAGCAAAAGAAGAGAGACCAGAACAAGUCAGCAGCUCUGAGGUACCGCCAGAGGAAGCGGGCAGAGGGCGAGGCCCUGGAGGGCGAGUGCCAGGGGCUGGAGGCUCGAAACCGGGAGUUGAGGGAGAGGGCUGAGUCGGUAGAGCGCGAGAUCCAGUAUGUCAAGGAUCUGCUCAUUGAGGUGUAUAAGGCUCGGAGCCAGAGGACCCGGAACAGCUAGAGGGGCUUUGGGCUGUAGGGGGCACUGGUCUUCAUCUCUGGCUCACCUCUAUUUCUGGGGCUGGGGUCGGAGGAUCCCACCAUCCCCUUUUCUGUCUGACUUUCUCCCCCUCCCUCUCCUUUUAUCUUUGACUGCUCUCGCCCAUUUCUGAAUUUGCCCCCCUUCUCCCACCCAGAAUCCUGGAAUGUCUGGCCUUACUCAGCAUCUCCACUUCUCAAGUAACAGCUGAGGGGCUGGGGGCCCAGAGACGGGGAGCUUGCAACCCUGGUCUCUCAAUCAGGGAAGUGAGGCCAGGAAGCUAUGCAGAAUGAAUGUGGAACAAACAGGGGAGCCCCCUGGGGAUGUGAGCCAGGGAGGGUCUUAAGAAUGGCCCCUGUAUAAUAAUAUAACCAAAAAAGCAAGCCAAGUGACCUUAGGGAAACAUAUUUGGGCGGGAAGCCAAAAGGUGGCCAAGUUCACAGAGCAGGUGAAUAUGCAGGUAGCCGGGGAGGUGGGCAGGGCGGGGGAACGGCCAUAGUUGGGACUGGGUGUUCAUUUUAGCUC